CGCGCAUACACGCGCUCGGUAGGUCGUCACACGCGUCAAAAUGAUGGCGGGGAACCAAAUCAUGGAUGGCGAACGCCAGAGCGGACAAGACGUCCGCUCGAGCAACGUCAUGGCGGUCCAGGCGGUCGCGAACAUCGUGAAGACGUCGCUCGGCCCCGUCGGGCUCGAUAAGAUGCUCGUGGACGACAUCGGCGACGUCACGAUCACGAACGACGGCGCGACGAUCCUCAAGCUCCUCGAGGUUGAGCACCCCGCGGCGAAGAUCCUCGUCGAGCUCGCGGAGCUCCAGGACCGCGAGGUUGGCGACGGGACCACGUCCGUCGUCAUCCUCGCCGGCGAGCUGCUGAAGCGCGCGAACGAUCUCGUGAGAAACAAGAUCCACCCGACGUCCAUCAUCAGCGGCUACCGCCUCGCGAUGCGCGAGGCUGUGAAAUACAUCGAGUCUAACCUCGCGACGCCGAUCGACUCGCUCGGGAAAGAGACCAUCCUGAACUGCGCGAAGACGUCCAUGAGUUCCAAGAUUGUCGGCGCGGAUUCCGACUUUUUCGGCAAGAUGGUCGUCGACGCCGUCCUGGCGGUUAAGACGUACAACGACUACGGCGACGCGCGGUAUCCGAUCAAGAGCAUCAACAUCCUGAAAGCGCACGGAAAGAGCGUCAAGGAAUCGCGGGUUAUCAACGGCUACGCGCUGAACAUGGGACGCGCCGCGCAAGGGAUGGUGAAGAGCGUGAAAAACGCCAAGAUCGCGUGCAUCGACUUCAACCUUCAAAAGACGAAGAUGCAGAUGGGCGUCCAGGUUUUGGUGACGGACCCGAAAGAGCUCGAGCGGAUCCGCCAGGAGGAGUUCAACAUCACGGCCAGGCGCGUGAAGAUGAUGAUCGACGCGGGCGCGAACGUCAUCUUGUGCACCAAGGGCAUCGACGACAUGGCGUUGAAGUACUUCGUCGAAGCCGGCGCCAUCGCGUGCCGAAGGGUCCCGAAGGACGACCUUCGCAGAGUCGCGAAAGCUUCCGGGGCGCAGAUUCUUCUGACGCUCGCGGACAUGGACGGCAACGAGACGUUUGACCCGGAGUGUUUGGGGACGUGCGGCGAGGUGUGCGAAGAGCGCGUCAGCGACGACGACAUGAUCGUCUUGAAGGAGUGCAAGAACACGCAGGCGUGCACGCUGCUCAUCCGCGGCGCGAACGACUACAUGCUCGACGAGGUGGACCGCUCGCUUCACGACGCGAUCUGCAUCGUGAAGCGGACGUUGGAGUCCGAGAAGGUUGUCGCCGGCGGCGGCGCCGUGGAGGCGGGGCUCUCGGUGUACCUCGAAUCGCUCGCGACGACGUUGGGGUCGCGCGAGCAGCUCGCCAUCGCGGAGUUUGCCGAGGCGCUGCUCGUGAUCCCGAAGGUGCUCGCGGUGAACGCCGCGAAGGACUCCACGGAACUCGUCGCGAAGCUGCGCGCGUACCACCACGCGUCGCAGACGAAGCCGGAGAAGGCGCACCUCGCGGGGUUUGGCUUGGAUCUCGUCUUGGGCGAGCUGAAGAAUAACCUCGGAGAGGGCGUGUUGGAGCCCGCGCUGUCGAAGAUUAAGAGCAUCCAGUUCGCGACCGAGGCUGCGAUCACGAUUCUGAGGAUCGACGACCUCAUCAAGCUGAACCCGGAGCAGGAGCAGCAGUGAGCGGCGGCGGUGCGGUGGGUGAGAGACGAAGGAGUGAAGCGCGGCGGCGGCGGAGGGUGAUUUUUUGGUUGCGGCAGGGUGAAAUGAAAGCGGCAGAUGCAGACGCAUUCGUGGG